GCUCGACAGCAGCGGCGACGCGGGGCAAGACGACACUGAUCCGGAAAACUAUGCAAGAGUGACCAGGCAACUGUCUGCAGAGGACGUGGUCGACCCAGCCAGAGACGCCGUCUUCGCUUGGUGCAGGAAAGCUUACCGAAGUGUGGAGAAGCCAGAGCUCCAGACCACCGUGUCGGCGGACACACCCCGAGAGAACUUCACCCACUUC